AUUUCUUCCCUUGAGUUUUUACCCUCUCAAACCCCAAAAACUCAUUUCUACAUGAAAAAGUUCAAAACUUUCAUGUUUUUCUCACAAACCCCAUAAAAAAUUUCUUACCCCAUUCUUCAAAAUCUUGACUUGAAAUCAAAUGAGUUUGUGGGGAAUUUGGUUAACUUAAAAACCUAUUUUCUCCAUUAAAAAGUUCAAAACUUUCCUCUUUUUUUCUCAAAUUUUCUUCCCUCAUUUUUCAAAAUCUUGAGUUGAAAUUAAAAGGGUUUGUGGGGAAUUUGGUUAACUCAAAAACCCAGAAGUUAAAAACUCCAUUUUUACAGACAAUGGUUCUUGAACUGAACAGGUGCAUUAGCAGCAACCUGUGGAGAUUUCACUCUGUUUUUGACCAAAAAAACAUUGUGGAUAAAAGCUUCUAUUUUUGGAUCUUCCAUAUUUUCAAUAGAUACAGUUUCAAUACUUAACCAAACAGCAAAAAGAACAAAAGCAGUGAAUUUGUUGUUUUUUUCCUUGUUCUAGUUUGGUCUUGUGUUGUGUUUUUUUUAGUUUUAGUGGCAAAAAAAUGGGAAGUGGUUGUCUUCCACCAGGCUUUAGAUUUCACCCAACAGAUGAAGAAUUGGUUGGUUAUUAUCUCAAAAGAAAAGUUGAAGGACUUCCAAUUGAACUUGAAGUCAUUCCUGUCAUUGAUUUAUAUAAAUUUGAUCCUUGGGAACUCCCAGAGAAAUCUUUCCUUCCAAAACGAGAUAUGGAGUGGUUUUUCUUUUGUCCACGGGAUCGAAAAUACCCGAAUGGAUCGAGAACUAAUCGAGCUACUAAAGCUGGCUAUUGGAAAGCUACUGGAAAAGAUAGGAAGAUCAACUGCCAAUCUUCUGUAUUGGGAUACCGAAAGACACUCGUUUUUUAUCGCGGUCGAGCGCCUUUGGGCGAUCGAAUGGAUUGGGUUAUGCAUGAGUAUCGAAUUUGUGACGAUUUCUCUCAUGGAACUCCUAAUUUUAAGGGUGCUUUUGCUUUGUGUCGUAUUGUGAAAAAGAAUGAAGUAGCACAUAAGAAGGACAAUCAACGAGAACCAAAGGGGAAUGUCGUUGGGAGCAAUGGAGCUAGUGAAGAUUCUACAUCGACAAGACUAGUUGUUACAAAUGAAUUACCAAAUAGUUUGGAAGACAAUUCAUCUCAAACCAAUUUCCUCGCAAUCGAGAGUCGUUUGUCCUACCCAAUGACAACUUCAUAUGACGUGAAUCCCAUGUCUCGGUAUAGCACGACGAUUAUGGAGACAGAUCCUGAAAAAAUAUGGAUCUCACCUGAUCUGAUUCUUGACUCAUCCAAGGAUUAUCCUGAAAUACAAGGAGCUAUGUCUAUAUGCUUCCCUCAAUACGAGUACUCGAGUUCAACGACACCGUGGCAGUCGUACGAGCACACAGAAAUAUCUCCAAGUUCAUCGUACUCGAACUAUACCGGCGACAUUGAGCUUGAAGACAAUCUCAAUCAGAUUGGAGGUUGCAUAUCAGCAUAUUCAACACAUAUAAACCAUAUGCAACAUAGCCUAAAUGAACAAGGUUUUGACCUCAACAAUUCACAAAAGUAUCCAAAUUGCUUCUGAAGAAAAACUAUGACAACGAAGAUCGUCUAGGCUUUAUGUCAAUGGAAGGUCGUUGAAAAUCUCUUUAACAAACCUUCAGCUUAAGCAUUGUGUGAGAUUGUAAUCUCGACGUAUGGGGUCCCGAAGCCAACGCCUUUUAAUGUCGGUCUUCGAUGCGGGAAUAAAACGGGCUAUAAAUAUAUAUAAAUUACAGGAUGUUGAGCAGAAAAUUGUUUGGUUUAAAAGUAUAAUUAGUUACAAGUGUUUUUGGUUUGUAGUCCCCAUGGUGAUAUCUCUUUUAUUGAUUGAGCCAGAGGGGUUUCCACAGGAGUUGUUUUAUCAUCUUUUCUUUUUCCUACUUUGAGCUUUUAAUUGUAUGGCAUAUUACAAAUCUUCACUCUUGAUUUA